AUGAUGAUGGGGGAGCCACUGGAUCAUUCGGGUACGCGGAAAAUUGAGUGUCUCGAGGAACAGGGGGAUGCGGUUUGGGAAAUUGAUAGAAAUGCCCAAACUUUAAAGUUUACAGGACAUGUAAGAACUACCGAAGGAAUAAGAGGACUAGCAGUUUCCUCCAUUACACAUCACAUCACUUUAGAAUUGGUACUGCCAAUGGAACAGAUGAUAAGAGCACUCACAUUAGAUAGUGUUGGGGAGAAUUCUACCUCUGCUAGACAUAGGGGACCUAGGCCUCGCAACCGUCCUUCUCCACGUGUUAGAGUUCAUGGUCCACAUGUUCCUCAAUAUGAUAACGCUGGUGCAGGUGAAAAUGGAUUUGCAAGGAAUGGUCGUGUUGAAUCAGAGGAGGAUCCUUCUGAAUACUUAGGAGAUAGUAGUGUCAAUGGGGAUUUGCCCAAUGGACACUAA